AUGAAUGCCUGGCUAGCCGACGCCUCGAACCUCCAGAGCCAUGACAAUGGUGCCUUUAAUCAAGCAACAAUAGAUCCAUCAGCGGCAUUUCUCCAUGCAUCUCCCACGCCGCCAGACCCCAAUCAGUUUCAGCGCAUGUUCAAUGGAGUACCGCGAAAUGCCUCCCCCGGAUUCCACAACCCUAACCAGGUGAUUCCGUCCAAGAGAUCACGACCAGAGGAUGGUCUCUCAAUGUCGCCUAGGCAAGCGCCUGGCGGGCUUUCUGUAUCGCGAUCUCAGACGCCUCAUCAAAUGCCUUUCCCUGGUUACCAGGGGCCUGCGAAUGGCGCCCAGCAAUUCCCUUCCCAUGCCGCGCCGUACCAACAUUUCCAGCAAGGGACUCCGACCAAUGUCACUCAGUCCCCCAUCAUGCAAGACUUUGACCAGCACGGUGUGCAGAGACUGGGAACGGCCUCUCCUAGCCCAUUCUCGCCCGCUGGCCCUCAUGUCGGCCCUCAUAUGUCCCCGUCGCAAUCAGAUCAUCCAAGUAGAGUCAACACACCGCAAAACAGCUCAUUUAUUCCAGGUCAGCCUUUCCCUCAAGGGAUGGGCCCGCAAUUUGCACCCGCUCCUACGAUGACUUCUGCUGCUGUACAAGCGCCCAUGCAAGCGAACUUUAGCAGUAUGCCGCAAUAUCAGCAAGCAAUGGCCGCUCAACAGCAGCGACUCCACGCGUUGCAGAUGCAGAACCAAGGUCGUCCUAUGAAUAUGAAUCCUGCGAUGGCAGGACGCCCCGUGGCAGCGGGGAUGAACGCGAUGGCAAACCCUCAGCAAAUGGCAGCCAUCAGGCAAAUGCAGCAAAAUAUGGCCAAACCACCCAAUCCUGAGGGCUUUAUGAGGUCGUUGCAGAAAUUUAUGAUGUCGCGCAAUCUACCUUUGGAUCCGAAUCCCAUAGUUUGUGGUCGCCCUAUCAAUUUGGUCCAGCUCUAUGCGACCGUUAUGAAACUGGGUGGUUCAAAGAAGGUAAGCGCCGCAAACAUGUGGCCUGUAAUAGCCCAACAGCUUCAGUUCCCUCCGAUGCAAUUUCCUAUGGCUGUACAGGAGAUUCGGGAACACUAUCAAAGGAACCUCGCUGCGUACGAACAGGCUUUUCUCAGCACGCAACAGAAGCAGUUUGCAGAUCAAAUGCAGCAAAGCUCACUGCCGCGACAGCCAAGCGAUCCAUCGGCUCUCCAGUUUCAGUCGCCAACAGUCAAACAGGGCCAAGGAUUCGAAGUACCUCAACCAGUUGGUGCCUCUCCUGGUACCAUGUCGGUAGCAAACAAUGCGCAGCAAAAUAUUCCAAAUGGCUUCGCGACCCCGACUCAGGUCAAAGCGUCGAACAAACAACCACAGCAUCGACUAAGUGUAUCCCGUCAGUCUCAACCUCCAGCAACCCCGCAGGAUUCUACAGGCCAGUUACCAAACCAGUCCCCUGCUCAGUCAACAAAACCUCUUGGGGCAACACCGGGAAAGUCGGCUAAGACAUUCGAGCAAGCCUCUGAUCAACCUUUGAAACAGCCGAUACAAGAUCCUUUCAAACCAAUGGUUUUGCCGGAGAGCAGCUUGCACGGUCCGAUAGCUUUGGAUGAAAUGUACCAACUUGGGGAAGAAAUAACUAGGUUGAAACCAAAUGUGCCUUCCUUUGCCGAGCUUGGCGUUAUUGACAUUCACGCGCUCACAAUGAGCGUCAAGUCUGGUAUUCAUGCGGAGAUGCGCCUGGCGUUGGAUACUCUUGUAUCCCUCUCCUGUGAACCAGCCGUCCAAAUCUCGCUCGAUAAUUGCGAAGAUUUGAUUGAUAGCUUGAUCGAAUGUGCCGAGGACCAAGCUGAUCUGCUUGCUGAACACGCCGUGGAGGUUUCGGACGUGAUGUUACUCCCCUCGUACGAGGAGAUUACUCGUGGAUGUCAGGCAGAAUGGACUUCUCUUGCCGACGUCCCUGAGUUUGGAAGCCUUGAAUAUGAGCUCGAUCGGGCUGUUGACAGACUCAUAUGCGUCACCACAAUAUUGCGAAACCUUUCCUUCACUGAAUCAAACUUUGGGUUACUAUCAACUGCCCCCGUUGUACAGUUCAUAUCAACCAUUAUCCGAUACUUAGGGACUCGAAACAUGCUUCUUCGAACCCAUCAGAACACGUUGGAUUUCAUGAAGGACGCUGUCAUCUAUUUGAGCAAUUUGGCGCAUGUGAUUCAGUUACCAAGCAAAGAGGAGGCCCUUUGUCUAUUGCAUUUCCUUUUGUCUUUUGCUCCAUUUCCUCCUCCAACGUUGGGUCCAGACGGCGUCAUGUUUACAUCCUACAACGCCUCGAUUCACAAAUACACACCCGCCGCCGUCGACAGCUUAGCUAAGCUCCUGGCCAGAGAUGAUCCCAACAGGAUUUUUUUUAAAGCAAUAUUCUCCGGUGAUGGAGCGCCCGGUCCACAGCAUGAAUUGCUGACCCGUGCCUUUGGACUAGCUAUUUGUCCAGUCCCCGAUCAACUACGGAAACAUCUGGCCAUAGCGGACGCCCGCAAGGUAUUCCUCAUGCAGGGACUACUGGCAGCCGACAUUCUUUCUUCGUUUGCUGAUGGUACCCUGGCCAAACAAUGGCUUGAGUCGAUCGACGGGUUUGCUAUUCACCUUCUGCGGCUCUCAUGUUUGCUAAGCACUGAACGUGUCCCUCCCCCUAAUACCAAUUCUCGCCAGUCCCAUGCUGCCCGAGGUCAGGCGGAGGCAGAGGCCGCCGCGUAUAGUUCUAUUAUCAAUCGAGGUUUAACAAUCCUGUGUCGUCUAGCGGAGAAGUCGAAGCUCGCUGACAAUAGUUCCGCGCGGAAUUUUCCGUCGGGAAUCAUCCCGAAAAAAGAGAGCCUACUUGGUGCAUUAUUGAUGCCCAAUGUUGAUCCUGGCGUUGUUCGGCAGCUGAUCUCUUAUGCUCGUUUAGCCGAGUGA